ACGAAAAAAGUUGCCCCUGGUCAUGAAAAAAAAGCUAUCGGAAGCAAGAGCGAGUCCAGAAAUCACCAAGAAAAAUCCAGAGGGCGGACAUCCUGGAAUUCGCUUUUUAUCUCCCUAAGAAAGAUGGUUGUAUCGCUUGUAAAAAGGGAGAAUUUGUAGGCUAUUAAAGUUGUCAGAGUAUUCGCUGGUUGGCAGUGGACUAACGUUAAGUUGUCUGACUUUCGAGUCGCUAACUUUCCACCAGAAGGCUAAUUUACCCAAGGCGGCUGCGGAAGAAAGGUAAUCGGCGAUCAUUGUCCAGACCAUCACGGAGUAGGAUGAUGUCAACUGAAGAAAGAUAUAAGUUGGUGGUCGUGGGCGGUGGAGGUGUGGGGAAAAGCGCCCUCACCAUUCAGUUCAUUCAGUCGUACUUUGUGUCGGACUAUGACCCAACCAUUGAAGACUCGUACACUAAAAUAUGCACUGUGGAUGGAAAGGAGACACGAUUAGACAUCCUCGACACAGCAGGACAAGAAGAGUUUGGAGCGAUGAGAGAGCAGUACAUGCGCUCCGGAGAGGGUUUCUUAUUGGUGUUUGCUCUUAAUGACAGUGGCAGUUAUGAUGAAAUUCAGAAAUUUCACACUCAGAUAUUGCGGGUGAAGGAUCAAGAUGAUUUUCCUAUGGUUCUUGUUGGCAACAAAUCAGAUCUUGACCAGCUGAGAGUGAUCUCAAGAGAUGAGGCCAUGUCAUUUGCCCGAGAAAACAGGAUCCACUAUAUGGAAUCGUCAGCUAAGAACCGCCACAAUGUGGAUGAAGCCUUCGUGGAGGUUGUGCGAGCAAUAAGGAAGUUUCAGGAGACAGAAAGUCCACCGCUCCCCGCUAAUCAUGCGAGGAAGCAGAAGAGUGGUGGCUGUCCCUGCACCCUGCUCUGACUGCCCCUCUGCACUGUUGCCUAGGAGACCGAAGCCCUCACUCUCACGCCUGGUGCCUUAUAUGUCUACACAGUGUGUGUGUGU